AUGGCCGAAGUCGUCCAGUCCCUGCCAUGGCACAAGACUCUGAGGUUGGGACUCAUGGAUAUGGUCAGUGACUCGUUCUGGCUCGGUUCGACUGAAUCAAACGUACUCAAAGCACUGUCGCUGGCGUGUAGUUGA